UCCGGGAGUGCGGAGGACUGUGAGCCCGGGGCUGAAGUGAGAGCAGGAGGAAGCUCCGGGACAUGAGCGCUGCGCCUCGGCCUGAGGUGGCCGCCGGGAAAGGACAUGCUUCACUGGGGCCACCACCGUACUCAAGUGGCCGGCUCUGGCCUGGAUUAAGCGUGGAGCAGUUCCCAGCACAGAGACUGUGACACCGGGGACGACAUGACGUCAAAGGGUAAACAGUGGGACGGCAGCCCCACUCUUAAUGACUUUAACCAGGUACGACAAGCCACUGCAGGCGGGCUGGCUCAUAACUUCAGCGACCCUCGAAACUUCAAACCCCCAGAAGCGGCUCGACUCAUGAGACCGGCAUUGCAGCGGCAGGAUGACAUGGUGCAAGAGAAGCGCCUGUCCCGAGGCAUCUCUCACGCAAGCUCCUCUAUCGUCUCCCUGGCUCGAUCCCACGUGUCCAGCAAUGGCAGCAGCGAGCAUACGCUGGAGCCCCCUGUGUGCACCUUCCAGCUCCCCGACCUAACAAUGUACAAUGAUGAUUUCCGGAGCUUUAUCGAGCGGGACCUGAUUGAGCAGUCCAUGCUGGUGGCCCUGGAACAUGCUGGUCGUCUCAAUUGGUGGGCGCAAGUCGACCCGUCUUACCAGAGGCUUCUUCCAUUGGCAACGACGGGUGAUGGAAACUGCUUGUUGCAUGCUGCCUCCCUUGGGAUGUGGGGCUUUCACGACCGGGACCUCAUGCUGCGCAAGUCUCUGUACACCAUGAUGGAGAAAGGCGCAGAGAAGGAAGCGUUGAAGCGGAGAUGGCGAUUCCAGCAGACGAUGCAGAAUAAAGAGUCCGGCCUUGUGUACACAGAAGAGGAAUGGCAGAAGGAGUGGAAUGAGUUAAUAAAACUUGCGUCCAGUGAGCCGAGGAUGCAUUAUGGAACCAAUGGCUCAAAUUGUGGAGGUGUGGAGAGCUCGGAGGAGCCGGUGUACGAGAGCCUGGAGGAGUUCCACGUCUUUGUCCUCGCUCAUGUACUCAAGAGGCCCAUUGUGGUGGUGGCGGACACCAUGCUCCGAGACUCAGGAGGAGAAGCGUUUGCCCCCAUCCCAUUUGGAGGAAUCUACCUUCCCCUGGAGGUUCCACCUAACAAGUGCCACAGCUCACCGCUUGUCCUGGCGUACGAUCAAGCCCACUUCUCUGCCCUCGUAUCCAUGGAACAUGGGGACCUGAGCAAGGAUCAAGCGCCCUUCAUCCCCCUGACGGACUCUCAGCACAAGUUACUACCGGUGCACUUCGCGGUCGAUCCAGGAAAAGACUGGGAAUGGGGCAAGAAUGACACGGAUAAUGUCUGCCUGGCCAGUGUCACGUUAUCAUUGGAAGCCAAGUUGAACUUGCUACACAGCUACAUGACGGUCACCUGGCUUUCACUGCCGUGCGAGAUGCAGGCUCCCCUCGCCCAGCCAGAGUCCCCAACCGCAUCCGCUGGCGAUGAUGCCAGGUCUGCCGCAGAGUCCGGAGAGUCUGACAAAGAGUCCGUUUGCAGCAGCUCGGCAAGCAAUGGGGGCAGCAAAACCGGGAAGGAAAAAGACAAGGAGAAAGAGAAGUCAAAAAAGGAGAAGGACAAGGAGAAAGAGAAGAAGCGAGCGGACUCUGUGGCCAACAAGCUGGGCAGCUUUGGGAAGACCUUGGGCAGUAAACUGAAGAAAAACAUGGGUGGCUUAAUGCACAGCAAGAGCGGGAAAUCUGGAAUGAGCAACGGCCAAGGGGACACGCUGGAGAAGAAAAAGAGGGGCUCCUUGAAGGGCCGAAAAGGCAGCAAAGAGGAUUCCUCACAAGGUGACCUCUCCACAUCUUCUGAGAAGUCCACCACCAAGUCAGCGACUGACAAGGCCCAGGGUGAUCCUUACAAAUAUAGUCAUGAUGUCAAACUGAGUCUGAGCAUCUUGCGGGCGGCCAUGCAAGGGGAACGCAAGUUUAUCUUCGCCUGCCUCCUGAAAACCAGUGACCGCCAGCCUUACCAGAAGCAAAUGAUCCAGAAGUAUAUGGCGGAUGCCCACGACCGGUUCAUAGCCGAGCAGAAGCAGAGGGAGGCUGAGAAAAAGGCGCUCAUGAACUGCGGCACGGCAAAGAGACUAGAGCAAGACACGGGGCAACCCAAGGCCGACGAUCUGCUCUCGCUUCCUACAUAUUCCCAAGUGACUAGUAAUUAUGGGAUGGACUAUGCUAAAGGCGCGUUACCUUCCAGUUAUUCUGGGGGGUUCACCAUCCCCAGACCUUCCAUUGUCAAUCUGUCAGACGGUUCCCACCCGCACAGCUACCAGGACAGUAGGCGGCAGGUAGCAGGUGGCUCUUGCAAUAAUCUGCCCUCCUAUGCUACGCUUCCCCGGCACUGCAUGCAGACGCGCCCUCAUCCGUACCAGUCCAGCCCCCCACACCUGGGUCGGCUUUCUCCCUCAGAGUCAGAACUUCCCCCGGACUACCCUGCAGAGGGCGACCAGACUGUGUGCCUUGUGCACAGCAAUGGCUACCAGGAAUACUCAGACCCCACUUCCCUGUCCAGAGCGGUGACCUCUGACAGCAGCAAAGCGCGGACACACUACAACGUCCAGCAGACCAAGUGUAAGCAGGCGGACUGCAAUUUUUAUGGACGUCCUGAAACGGGCAACUACUGUUCGUGUUGUUACAAAGCGGAACUGAAGCGGAAAGAGCGAGAAAAACAGGCGUUAAUACACAGGCUCUGAGGGACACCACAUACCCAGGACUGCAGGGGGCAGCACUGGGCGGAUGCAAUAUGUUUCUACAGACUUUUCCUUCAAGUGUUUUAUGUACACGUUCUAGGGGACAAGGAAAGCGCCAUGUUAGUUCCUAAAUUACACACAAAAAACAUGCAAAUUUGGUAAUUUUCUAACAACUUUGCCUCCUCAGCACUUAAGGCGAUUUCCCCUCCGUUUCUUUAAGUUGACUGCCAUUCCCGAUUGUGGUGUGGAAAGCGUUAACCCCUCUUAGGACACUAACAUCCAUUGAUAAUUGGGGAAGGGGGGGGCCUUCUACAAUAAAUCCAUCACGGUUACUGCAUGGUCAUUGCUUUGCAGUCUUGAUUUAUUUUUCGCUUUUUUCCUAAUUGGUUACAAGACAUGGCCGCCCUCCUGCCCUCCUUAUAGGCAAAAAAAAAUGACCACGUUAAAUGUUUUCUUAAGUCUAAUAAAAUGGAAGAAAACCGACGAGGGGCGGUAACGAUAAACCAGGGCAAAACUGGAUUGUAGAUGUGGCACGCUGUAGCUACUGGGAUCACAGCUUCCAUGUACUCAAAUGCACUACACGUGUCAGCUGCUAGCUCACUGGCUGCUAUGGCAACCCCCCCAAAUGUUUGCUUUGAUUUUUAAAUAUUCAUUAACUCUAGGAAGAGUUGAACGCUAUUAGGGACUGUAUGGUCCGCAAAAUAAAAAUAAAAUAAAAAAAGCUUAAAAAAAUUGGGGAUCCCCCCUCUGCACUUGUUCCAGUGCUUGGUGGUUCCUUUUGAAACGGAAAUGUGACCGCUCAGCCAACGACUAUGACGGAGGUGGGCAGCCCUGCUGCCAGUGAUGGGCUGAGAGGUCACCUUUUUUUUUUUUUUUUUCCCCAUCUCAGACAAUUGGGGCAUAUCCCCCAUUAUCUGAUAGCCAGCAAAGUAGUGGCCACCAAUCAUUCCUAUGGGCUCGCCGAAAAUAGCAGAGCUAUUUUUGGAAUCCCCAUAGAGAUGAAUGGGUGCGCGGCCACCACUUCCAUUCACUUCUAUGGAGCCAUCGCUUGGUUAUUUUCGGCGGCCACAUAGAAAUGAAUGGAGGGCGGCUGCGCGUGUGCGAUACACCCUAAAUACAGCGGAAUUUCCAGUACAUUACAUUCAUUUUAUAUGUCACAUUUGACAUAAAUAUGUCACAGUUACACCCCCCCCUACCGUUUCCUCACUACGUAUAGAUAUAAAAAAUAUUCUAUAAAAUAUGACUAAUGUUCUAUAUAGAAAUAUAUUUUUUAUAUUUGGUAGUUUUAGGAGUGACCUGUGGGAGGAGGAUGGAAAGAAGCGUCAAACGUUUCGCUGUCUCCAUCCCUGAAAUGCCUUCCGUGUGACGCGUUUCUUCAUCUCAGCUCAUUUGUUCCCACCGUCAGACACACUGACCUCUCUCGUCAUUUCUGAAACGCGCUGUAAAUACAACCGCGACAUAAAUUGGUUAUUUUCGGCAAUGCUUUUGAAUGUUUCUUUUCUGCUGAAUUCAAAGUUUGUAACCUUAAAAAAGGCACUUUCUCUCAGUACAUUUACUGAUUCUAACUAACUAUGCUUUACCUGUGUGUCACCGCCGCGGCCAUUUCGUAGACCAAAACGUCACUUGUAGGCUCAGUUCACAUCUCUUUUUUUGGGGAAAUGUUUGGCAUGUGCCCGAGAGAGCUUCAGGGAUACAUGGCGAUGGUGCCCACGGGCCCUUAUGCAUCCAUCAUAGGCCAAAAUCCUGUUUUCCUUUGGGCUUUCUAGAAAUGUGUAAUCUAUGCAGAUGGGCACAGUUUAAAAAAAUCUAAUAAUUAUAUAUAUUUUACCAUAGAGGGAUAUGUCGGGUGUGUCCCGCUGAAGUAUUCCUCAGCCCUGUAGCCAAAGGAUGCGAAUAGAGCCUCUUCUUUUUAUAUUUUAUCGAAAUUUGGAAAUUUAUAGCCCCAUUUUUUGUAUCUACCCCCAACCCACUGAGGAGUGAGAGGACACGCCCUACAUGUCCCCGUAUAGCUCUUAGUUUCUGUCUACAAAAUGGCCGCCUCCUCCUCUUAGAGGGCGGAGGAUUCAUUUCACAGUAUUUUAUUUUUUUUUCUUUUACAUGGCAUCCAGCUAUGUACUAACAUUCUAGAUGACGUUUUGGGUUUGUUUUUUGUUUUUAAUGCAAUGUUGCAUUUUGAAUGUUGAAAUAUGCAAAUCUUCCAGUGUAAGUGUACAGACGUUUUUACGGGAAGAUGGCGAGGAUCACACUGGUUUCUGUUUGCACAUUGUCCUAACUUGUAAAAGUUGUAUUUAUAUGAGUAUAUAUAUAUAUUUAGGAUCCUGUUCUCUUCUGACGUGACGACACAAUCGGCAGAGACGGCCGGAACGCGCUGAAACUUAGCAGUAUUUGCACAAACCUUUCUAACUGUAGAGCACAAUGUGGCAGCGCAAGGUUGUCCUCAUGUCGUGUUUGACUCCUUCCCCUUUUUUUUUUUCCCGACAAAAGCUUUAAUAACAACCUCUUGUGUUGGAGCAGCGGCGCCACUUACAAUGGAUUGCAAUAAAAAUCAUUAAACGAAGGUUUUACCAUUUUGCAGAAUUUCAUAGUUUAUUUCUUGUCUGGGUUUGUCCACUGCCCCCCAGUGGGUAGACGGGAUCAUUACAUGGAAAGUUGGUCAUUAGUUAAAGUGCCUUCAAUAAAGUAUAUUACGCAGCA